AUGCAACACGUGCGAACAGGCGAGGCAGGACGAGACGCAGGCUCACGACGCUCUGUAAGCGAGUCAGUCUGCUCAGUAACCACCAACUUCGGCGCCUCCAGCAGCUCCAGAACCUCCAGCUCCAGUGCCUCCAGCUCCAGCGCCUCCAGCAGCUCCAGAACCGCCAGCUCCAGCGCCUCCAGCAGCUCCAGAACCUCCAGCUCUAGCGCCUCCAGUAGCUCCAGAACCGCCAGCUCCAGCGCCUCCAGCAGCUCCAGAACCGCCAGCUCCAGCGCCUCCAGCAGCUCCAGAACCGCCAGCUCCAGCGCCUCCAGCAGCUCCAGAACCUCCAGCUCUAGCGCCUCCAGCAGCUCCAGAACCUCCAGCUCCAGUGCCUCCAGCAGCUCCAGAACCUCCAGCUCUAGCGCCUCCAGCAGAUCCAGAACCUCAAGCUCCAGGGUCUCCCGCCUCAGUACCUCUAGGCGCAGCACCCCCAGAACCGGAACCUCCAGCACCACGGUCUCCAGCCUUAGUACCUCCAGCAGCAGCACCUCCAGAACCGGCACCUCCAGCUCCAGGGUCUCCAGCUCUUGUACCUCCAGUAGCAGCACCCCCAGAACCGGCACCGCCAGCACCAGGGUCUCCAACUCCAGAGUCGACAGCACCAGCUCCAAAGCCUCCAGCCCCAGUACCUCCAGUCGCAGCACCCCCAGAACCGGCACCUCCAGCGCCAAGGUCUACAGCCCCAGUACCUCCAGCAGCGCGACUCCGACGGCAGUAGCACUGAGCGUACCACUCGCGUAG